AUGAUGUACCUCGGCUUUCAGUCGUAUAUCGCAAACCUUCGAGGUCGGCAGGAUAAGACGGGGAACAUGUUGGUCCAUAUCAUAGCCGACAAGUCUUCCGAAACUUCUAGGCAGCAUCAUCGUCACUCGACAUCUGAAAUCACGUUUCAUAACGAGGAGUCUGGAGACAUUGUCAGCUGGCUGACACGGAGUACCGCGGCCUCAGGCGGGAGAUGCAUCAUCGCUUCAGGAUAUGCGGUAUAUAACAUCCUGAAUCGAUAUCACCCCGCAUCUAUCCGCCAGCUUUCUCAGCCAAAAUGGGUUUUUGCAAACCAAGAAGGAUAUCCCAGGCCGAUAUUCUUCUACCACCGCAACAGAAUCAUGCUAAACUUCGGCCGAGUCCCACUCAUUGGCAACGCGAUCCAUCCGCGCCCAGCUCAUCUACCACGAAUUUCCAUGAAACAGCUCAAAGCUUUGGAAGACAUUGAACGCGCAGCUAGAAAAGUUCAGUUGGAGAUCGAAACCAAGCCCGGUGAUAUUCACUUCAUCAACAAUCUCUUCGUUCUACACAAGCGUGAUAGCUUUGAGGAUGGCGAUGGAGUUGGCGAGAAGAGGCAUUUGGUUCGGAUGAGGCUUCGGGAUGAUGAGCUGGGCUGGAGUUUACCGGAGAGUCUAAGACAGGAGUGGGCAGAUGCGUUUGGGGCAGGUUCAGAUAAGCUUUGGCAUGUUGACCCUAUGCCAGAAGGAUACUUUCCUUUGAGAUCGUAUCCUAAUUAG